CGAAACUCCAGCGCAGGAGUUCCAGGCCACUAGCAACGCCGUGUCACUCAUCUACGAAGAUUCGCUCGGCGGAGCAUCGUGUGAGUGAGCCAAAGAGGUCCAGCUGCCCUAGUAGAGCUUGGCUGUGAUUCUUCCUAAGUGACCCUGUGGCUGAAGCUAGCGCCUUGACACUGGGUAACCAAACAAGUCGCCAGGAGUGAUACUUAGGCAGUUUUUAGCAGUUGUUACUCCAAAAACCUGUUUCUGGAGACCUGAGGCCCCCCCCCCGGCUGGCCUGCAAUCGCUAUUAGCUUGCUUUGUGCGCCGCUUGGGACUCCCGUUCCCCGUCCGGCAGCCAAACCCCGGUACAAAGCGGUCGCACAGCGCCACCGGCCUCCCCCGCAAGCUUUGCGCCUUGGUCUCCCAACUUCACGCCGUCUGGCCGCAGAGGGAUGAUUGCCUCGCAUUUGAUCGCCUGCUUCUUCACGGAGCUCAACCGUAACCAAGCGCAGAAGGUUGACCAGUAUCUCUACCACAUGCGUCUCUCUGAUGAGACCCUUCUGGACAUUUCUAAGCGGUUCCGCAAGGAGAUGGAAAAAGGACUUGGAGCUACCACACAUCCCACAGCUUCUGUGAAAAUGCUGCCCACCUUUGUGAGGUCCACCCCAGAUGGGACAGAACAUGGAGAGUUCCUUGCCCUGGACCUUGGAGGGACCAAUUUCCGUGUGCUCUGGGUAAAAGUAACAGACAAUGGACUUCAGAAGGUUGAGAUUGAGAACCAGAUCUAUGCCAUCCCAGAGGACAUCAUGCGAGGCAGUGGCACUCAGCUGUUUGACCACAUUGCUGAAUGCCUGGGCAACUUCAUGGAUAAGCUACAAAUCAAAGACAAGAAGCUACCGCUGGGCUUUACCUUCUCCUUCCCCUGCCACCAGACUAAAUUAGAUGAGAGUUUCCUGGUCUCAUGGACCAAGGGAUUCAAAUCCAGUGGAGUGGAAGGCAGAGACAUUGUGACUUUGAUCCGGAAGGCCAUCCAGCGGAGAGGGGACUUUGAUAUUGAUAUUGUGGCUGUGGUGAAUGACACAGUUGGGACCAUGAUGACCUGUGGUUAUGAUGACCAGAACUGUGAGAUUGGUCUCAUUGUGGGCACUGGCAGCAACGCCUGCUACAUGGAGGAGAUGCGCCACAUCGACAUGGUAGAGGGCGACGAGGGGCGAAUGUGUAUCAACAUGGAGUGGGGGGCCUUUGGAGACGAUGGCACACUCAAUGACAUCCGCACUGAAUUUGACCAAGAGAUCGACAUGGGCUCGCUGAACCCCGGGAAACAAUUGUUCGAGAAGAUGAUCAGUGGGAUGUACAUGGGCGAGCUGGUGAGGCUUAUCCUGGUGAAGAUGGCCAAGGAGGAGCUGCUGUUCCAGGGAAAGCUCAGCCCAGGGAUCCUCACCACAGGCAGCUUUGAGACCAAAGAUGUUUCAGACAUUGAAGAGGAGAAGGAUGGCAUCCAGAAGGCCUACCAGGUCCUGGUGCGGCUGGGCAUGGAUCCCCUGCAGGAGGACUGUGUGGCUACCCGCCGGGUCUGCCAGAUAGUGUCCACGCGCUCUGCCAGCCUGUGUGCAGCCACACUGGUGGCUGUGCUGCGGCGCCUCAAGGAGAACAAGGGCGGGGAUCGGCUGCGCUCCACCAUCGGGGUUGAUGGAUCCGUCUACAAGAAGCACCCUCAUUUCGCCAAGCAUCUUCACAAGGCAGUGCGGAGGCUGGUACCUGACUGCGAUGUUCGCUUCCUCCGCUCUGAGGAUGGCAGUGGCAAAGGGGCAGCCAUGGUGACUGCGGUGGCUUAUCGGCUGGCUGACCAACACCGAGCCCGCCAGAAGACCCUUGAGUCUCUAAAGCUGAGCCAUGAGCAGCUGCUGGAGGUCAAGAGAAGGAUGAAGGUUGAGAUGGAGCGAGGUCUAAGCAAGGAGACACACACCAUUGCCCCUGUGAAGAUGCUGCCCACCUAUGUAUGUGCUACCCCAGAUGGCACAGAGAAAGGGGACUUCCUGGCCUUGGACCUUGGAGGAACGAAUUUCCGGGUCCUGCUGGUUCGUGUGCGGAAUGGGAAGCGCCGAGGAGUAGAGAUGCAUAACAAGAUCUACUCCAUCCCACAGGAGGUCAUGCAUGGCACUGGAGAGGAGCUCUUUGACCACAUCAUCCAGUGCAUCGCUGACUUCCUGGAGUACAUGGGGAUGAAGGGCGUGUCUCUGCCUCUGGGUUUCACCUUCUCCUUCCCAUGUCAGCAGAACAGCCUGGAUGAGAGCAUUCUCCUCAAGUGGACAAAAGGCUUCAAGGCAUCUGGCUGUGAGGGUGAGGACGUGGUCACCCUGCUGAAGGAAGCGAUCCACCGGCGAGAGGAGUUUGACCUGGAUGUAGUUGCGGUGGUGAACGACACGGUAGGAACUAUGAUGACCUGUGGCUACGAAGACCCUCACUGUGAAGUUGGCCUCAUCGUUGGCACGGGCAGCAAUGCCUGCUACAUGGAGGAGAUGCGUAACGUGGAGCUGGUGGACGGAGAAGAGGGGCGAAUGUGUGUCAACAUGGAAUGGGGGGCCUUCGGGGACAACGGAUGCUUAGAUGACUUCCGCACCAAAUUUGAUGUGGCUGUGGAUGAGCUCUCCCUGAACCCUGGUAAACAGAGGUUUGAGAAAAUGAUCAGCGGCAUGUAUUUGGGUGAGAUUGUCCGUAACAUCCUCAUUGAUUUCACCAAACGUGGGCUGCUGUUUCGUGGCCGCAUCUCAGAGAGACUCAAGACAAGGGGAAUCUUUGAAACCAAGUUCCUGUCUCAGAUUGAGAGUGACUGCCUAGCCCUGCUGCAGGUCCGUGCCAUCCUGCACCACUUGGGGCUCGAAAGCACCUGUGACGACAGCAUCAUUGUCAAGGAGGUGUGCACUGUGGUGGCGCGGCGGGCAGCCCAACUCUGUGGUGCAGGCAUGGCUGCUGUGGUGGACAAGAUACGAGAAAACCGUGGGCUGGACACCCUCAAAGUGACAGUAGGUGUGGAUGGGACCCUCUACAAGCUGCAUCCUCACUUUGCCAAAGUCAUGCAUGAGACAGUGAAGGACUUGGCCCCAAAAUGUGAAGUGUCCUUCUUGGAGUCCGAGGAUGGCAGUGGGAAGGGGGCGGCUCUCAUCACUGCCGUGGCCUGCCGCAUCCGUGAGGCCGGACAGCGAUAGAACCCCUGGAUUGGAAGGGGCAUCUCUGCUUCCCCUUUCCCUGUUUAAAUUAUAAGGUGUCAUCCCCUCGUGCCAGAGACAGGACCCCUUGGCUUUUCUUUAGGAGAAAGGACCCCGGCGGACUAGAUUUUUGUCUCUGAAUAAGUUCACUGUAGAGUUUGGUCCCUAAGCCUUGCAUUUUCUGAGGUAUAGAAUAAGGAUUUGUUCACUGUGGUCACAACCAUUCCCACUAGUUCACUUUUUAAAAAUGUGAUUCCCUGGCCAAGUUCCACGUCCGUGUGCAACCCUACAAGAUGGAAGCAGUCCUAAAGGUGGGGUUGCCUCCCCUAGGAGCUGAACAUGACAUUUCUAGGUGGGGAGCAUCCCCUUGAAUGAACAUUGAUGCUGAUUCUCCAGUGAGAGAACUCAGAGGUUUCCACUAAUGAUGCAAGCCUGGUCCUCCUGCAAGCAGACUCAGAAGGGCAGAGAGGUGGCGAGUGGAAGGAAAUCUCAUGGGCACCCAUGGGGCAUCCUUUCUUUGACGUGAGUGUUUCCCUGUAGAGUCCAGCAUUUCCUAUUCUGCAGUCAAGGAAUCCCAGGUCUGGGCAGUGAAACCAAAGCCAGGAGUUGACACAUCCCAUGAGUGGGUUCAUCUCUGCAUCUCACUGUGGGUGCAUGGAUCAUCUCUGAGCAGCGAACCUUUGGGGAAAGGGGAACCUUUGAGAUUAUUUUUAAAAUUUUUCCUGUAAAAGUGGAAAUACUGUAUUUUAAUUUAUAUGUGAAACUUACUUAGUUCAUGAAGUAGGUCUGCUCUUCAUU